AUGUCUGCCCAUGGCAGCGCGGACUCGCAUGACCCCGAGGCAGCUCUGCAUUCUCCGCAACCCCCCGACACCGAUACAGGCAUGAAGGAAGAACAGGAGACUAUUGGCGGAGAAAUUGUCGUCAAGCAGGAGCCGGGACAGCCGCCAAAACUCUCGCGCAGCUCGUCUCAAAAGGUCGUGUCUCGUCCGCCGCAGCUAUGGUCUCACUUGCCAGACAGCACUGCCGACGCGCUGGCCUCCUUCGAACAAAUCGAGGCUUGCUGGUAUGCUAACAAAUACAUGGGCUACACCGAGCAUGCCAUGGAGUGUGAUUGCACUGACGAGUGGGACAUGCACACCGAACAGAAUCCGGCAUGUGGCGAGGACUCCGAUUGCAUCAACCGCGCGACCAAAAUCGAGUGCGUGGGCGACUGCGGCUGUGGUCAAAACUGUCAGAAUCAGCGGUUCCAGAAGAAACAAUACGCGAAGGUCUCGGUCAUCAAAACGGAUAAAAAAGGAUUCGGACUCCGGGCGGAAACGAAUCUCGACCCCCACCAGUUGAUCUUCGAGUACGUGGGAGAGGUGAUCGGAGAGCAACAGUUCCGGCGUCGGACGAGACAGUACGACGAAGAGGGCAUCAAACACUUUUAUUUCAUGUCCCUGAACAAGGGCGAGUUCGUAGAUGCGACGAGGCGAGGCAAUCUGGGUCGAUUCUGCAACCACUCCUGCAAUCCCAAUUGCUAUGUCGAUAAAUGGGUCGUGGGCGAGAAGUUGCGUAUGGGAAUUUUCGCUGAGCGGGCGGUCCAAGCGGGCGAAGAGCUCGUCUUCAACUACAAUGUGGAUCGGUACGGUGCGGAUCCCCAACCUUGCUACUGCGGGGAGCCCAACUGCACAGGUUUCAUUGGCGGACGCACCCAGACUGAGCGUGCUACCAAGCUUUCGAACGCGACAAUCGAGGCUCUCGGUAUUGAUGAUUCUGAAAGCUGGGAUACGGUGGUGGCGCGUCGCCCCAAGAAGAAGAAGACCGAGGAAGACGACGAGGAGUAUGUGGACAGCGUGCAGGCCAAGUCCCUGGAUGAAGAUGGCGUGACCAAGGUCAUGGCCGCUCUCAUGCAGUGUCAGGAGAAGUGGAUUGCCGUCAAGCUUCUGGGUCGUAUUCAGCGCUGUGAGGAUGAACGGGUCCGGAAUCGUGUCGUGAAGAUGCACGGUUACCAAAUCCUGAACUCCCAACUCGCAAUGUGGAAGGAAGAUCAGAACGUGAUGCUGCAGAUCCUGGACAUCCUGGAUAAGUUUCCACGGCUCACACGCAACAAGAUCAAUGACUCCAAGAUUGAGUCGAAGAUUCAGCCUCUGACCACCAGCGAGGAUGAACGUGUGGCAAAGAAGGCAAUUGUCUUGCUGGAGAGCUGGGCCAACUUGGAGCUGGGAUAUCGCAUCCCGCGCAUGAAGCCUGGUGACCAGCCCAAGCAGCACAACCCCUUCGAGCGUCGCGAUCCUGGACGCGAACGUCAACGCACAGCCACCCGUUCGCCUUCUCCUACAUAUGAAGCCCCGCGUGGACCAUCUCAACAGCGGUCUCGCAACCGCCAACAACAAAAUCAGCGGGACCGACAACAAAACCGGCGUGGGCGUCAACAACAGCCUUUGCCGCCGGGAUGGUUCCCCGCAGAUGCUAAUGGUAGAACCUACUACUACACGGCCAAGGGUGACACCACAUGGGACAGACCGACUGCCCCUGCAACACCCGUUGAGCCUCAGGUCCCGAAGAAGAUCAAGGGCUUGCAAGACAUUAUCGACGGUAUCAUCAAUGCGAGUGCGCAAGAAAAGACCCCAUCUGAGCAAAAGACCGAGACACCUGAUACACCCCAACCGUCGGAACAGCCAGAGAAGAAAAAACAGGAGGGUGACUGGUGGAAGAAGCUCUCCAUUGAGAAGCAGAUGAAGGUCUAUGAGAAUACUUUAUUCCCUCACAUCAAGUCGGUCAGUGACCAAUACAGGCACAAAAUCCCGAAGGACCAUCUCAAGCGGUUCGCCAAAGACACCUCCAAAAAGCUCGUCGAUGGCGACUACAAAAAGAAGCGUGUAACCGAUCCCACCGCCCCAAUCAGCGAGAAACACCAACAUACGGUGAAGAGCUACUGCAAAUCCUUCUUUGACAAGGCCGCCGCCAAGCAGAAGGAACGCGAGAAGCAAAAGGCUGCAAAGCAGGCGUCCAAGACCAACGGCAACCCAGCCAACCCGCCUGAAGACGUCAAAAUGUCCGACGACGAAGCCGACGCCGAGCCAACCUCGACCCCACUGGAGGAGGACGCAACCCUCAAACGCAAGCGUGAAGAAGAACAACUCCACCCCUCCGGUGACGGCUCCAACUCCCCGAUGAAACGACAAAAGUCCACACCUCCCCCUCCGCCACCACCACCGCCGGACUCCGGCGACUCCGAGUCCAGAGAACUAGAGGCCGACGAUCUCACCCCUCCACCUGCACCACCUCCUCCGGAGUCACCAGGCUCCGCCAACAUGAAGCCGGAUCAGUCCCAGUCCCAGUCCCAGUCCCAGCCCCCGUCCCAGUCACCAUCUCAGAUGGAGAUAGAGAACGAAGUCUAG